UGCGGAAAACAAACCACACACCGCGCACGUUAGAGGUAGCCCCGAGAGCCCGCCACGUAAGCCGCUGAGAGGGGACUAUCCAAAACAGUGCGCUAUUGGAUCACGCAACUGCUCCGAAGCCUACACCCCACCGCGCAAGUUAUCACUGUUCCCCCUUUUCUCUCUCUCUCUCUCUCUCUCUCUCCAUCGCAAAACCAGAAGCGCUUCGAGCUACUUCUCCUUUCGCGGCGAUCGCCUAAAGGUCUCAUCUUUCGUGGUAGUUCUUGAAAUCGAUAUGCUCUCUGCUCUCUUUUCAACUAUAUAGUUCUGGGUUUGGUGUAUGUUUCAUUUGAAAAUUGUUAUGACAUCAUACACAAAGUGGCAUUUCUUCUUUGACUGAAAAUGGCCAUUGCUCGUUCUUUGUUACUGUCCAAUGAUUUUCACAGCGGCAAUGGACAUAAUAAUCCGCAUAAGGGCUUGAUAGGCAAGGGCGGCUUACAUUUGUUCAGCAUCACUCUUUCCUCACAUGUUUUGGUAUUAAGGAAACUGGGCAGUCGACAGGAUGCCUGGAGUCACUGUGAGUUAAAUGGUGUUUGCAGACCAAAAAGCUCUCAAUCUUCCAGAUGUAAUUUUUUUCAGUGCCAAGCAUUUCUAUUACCAAGUGGAGGCAAUGGAAUUCCUGUUCUGAAAACUGCUGCUACUGCACUGACCAAGUCAUAUAAGUCUCUAAAUAUAAGCCCCAUUUUUCUUCAGUUGGUUCCGGCAGUUGGUAUCAUUGCCUUUGCUGCAUGGGGUCUUGGGCCGCUUUUGCAUCUGAGCAGGGUUCAUUUACUUAAUAAGAGUGACAAUAGUUGGAAAACGAGUCGUACACACCUUGUGCUGACCUCAUACCUUCAACCUCUGCUGCUAUGGACUGGAGCAACACUUAUAUGCAGGGCUUUGGAUCCUAUAAUUUUACCUACACAAGCAACCCAAGCUGCCAAGCAACGAAUUCUGGAUGUUGUUCGAUCACUAUCUACAGUGCUGGCUUUUGCAUAUUGUUUAUCAAGCUUGAUCCAGCAUGCACAGCCACAUGUACAGAAAGUCUUUGUGGAGACAAAUGACUCUAACAAUGCAAGAAAUAUGGUCCAGUUUGCUGGGAAAGCUAUUUCUACUGCAGUAUGGGUUGGUGCUUUUUCAUUGUUUAUGGAAUUGCUUGGCAUCUCUACCCAGAAGUUGCUUACUGCUGGGGGUCUUGGCACAGUUUUGCUAACUCUUGCCGGUGGUGAGAUAUUUACAAAUUUCCUUUCAAGUGUAAUAAUCCAUACGACUCGACCCUUUAUUGCAACUGACUGGAUUCGAACAACAAUUCAAGGCUAUGAAGUUUCUGGUACAGUGGAGAAUGUGGGAUGGUGGACGCCAACCAUCAUAAGAGGCGAUGAUCGUGAAGCAAUACAUAUUCCAAACAAACAAUUUACGACGAAUGUUGUGAGGAAUCUUAGUCAGAGGACUCACUGGCGCAUCAAGACAUACCUUCCCAUCAGUCACCUGGAUGUCCAUAAGAUCCAUAAUAUUGUAGCUGAUAUGCGCAAGGUUUUAGCAAAAAACCCUCAAGUUGAGCACCAAAACCAGCAAAAGUACCCUAGAAGAGUAUUUAUGGAUACUGUCAACCCAGAGAAUCCAGCUCUUAUGAUAUUGGUUUCUUGCUUUGUGAAAACCUCACAUUUUGAAGAGUACCUCUGCGUCCAGGAAGCAAUAUUGUUAGAUUGUCUCACAGUCAUCAGUCACCAUCGGGCCCGGUUGGCCACACCUAUGCGCUACGUUCAGAAAAUAUACGAGGCUGAUGUUGACGAUCUACCUUUUGCUGAUACCAUGUACACAGGUUCUAGAGCACGCGGUAACCGUCCUUUGCUUUUGAUGGAGCCGUAUAUGUCCAAUAGCAAUGAUAAACCCAAGGCUUCAACUCGUUCUUUUCAUGCAAAAGAAGAACAAGAUCCCAAGGUUGGAGCAACCUCACUACCUGAUUCCAAUGCCAGCUCAAACCCAAGGGUUUCUGCUGCCUCAAAAUCCGAUCCUCAAACUCCUAAUGCUGCGUCUGUGGGUCCCGUCCAAGACUCUGAAGAGGAGAAAGUCAACAAAAGUGCAAAUUCACGAGAAUCUGGGAGUGAAAAAACCGAGAUUCCUUCAACUGUUUCACAUGCAAAGCAAGAAGUUGAAAGGUCUGUCGCAUCACCAUCUGUGUCGAGGGCUCCUGCCUUGGAAGAAAAUAUUGUUCUGGGGGUUGCUUUGGAGGGUUCAAGAAGAACGCUGCCCAUUGAUGAAGAAAUGACUCCCUCAUUGGUUACAAAUGUAGAGUCGAAGGAAUUGGCUGCCUCCCGGAAUGGGAAUGGUUCCACCUCGGUUGGGAUUGAUAAGAAAGAUGAGUUGCGCGAAAAAGAAAGGCGAGAUCAAGUGAUCAACCUUGGUGGAAAAGAUCUCUUCUAGUCUAACAACCCUAUUGUGAAAUGCAUGAAGCUGUGUUUUUUUAAAGCUUGCAUCUUGCAAUUCAUAUUGUAAAUCAGUUGUUGAUUUUAGAUUUUAUCGAUCAGUAUAGCAUUCAUUGAUAGAUGAAUGGAAGAUUUGAUUCAUGUUUCGGUUUU